CUGCAUUAUCAGAUUAAUUCCAGCACCGGUAGUGUGUCAGUGCACAAAGCGCUCUAUGUCGUAGAUCGUACAGAGCCGUCGAUCUCUCGUAUUCAGUCAGACUUGCAUCGCAGACGUUGGUUAUGCAGCAAUCAGAAAUUGUUGCGUGCCUUCACCUCAUAUUGCACAUUGCAUAAUUCUCAGAAUCAUCGCUUAACGUCUGCUCUCAUGGAACUCCUUUUAUUACUUAUGGAGGUGCAGCAAGAUGGCGGAUCCUCCACGCCGUUCAGCGUAGUUGAUUAUGGUUGUCAGCUGAUUUACGAUUGCCGCUGUGAUAAUCUGAGUUUAGAUUCAUUGCCUGUGGCGCAUCCUUUUCCAUUGUUUAUCGCCUCGGUGUCACCGUACAAAAUGUUCGUCUCCUCGCCGUUAAGUUUUGUGAAAACCCUUUGCUCGGAUAUUUUGCUCUCACUGACUGAUAUUUCUGAGCCACCGCUGAUCGAGUGCUCACUUACCAAGGUUGGCCUUAAUUUUUUCAGUUAGUG